CAUCCGAUACAUUAUUAUCGUAUCGCAAUUCACAAUCAUAGAGCAUAAUAUAGUAUCUGGUCGAAGAUACGAAAGAAUGGAGGAAAAUCUUGCUGCCAAAUUGUGUUUACUUCUAGGAGAACAAGCCAGCAAUGCAAUGCAAUGGAAAUUGCUUGGUCAAGAAAAGAAUGGCUCGUUAUUACUUGGAUGGGUAGAAAAUGUAUCAUCCGAUCGAGGUGACAAUUCUUAUUCUGUAAUUGGUCUUUAUGAUCGAGUUAAGGAAAAUUUACAGGUUUUAUAUAGAUUUUCAAAAGUAUUCAAUUUUGUUCAAGCUAGCAUCAAUCAAUGUAAUACAUUAUUAGGAUAUGUCAUAAAGCAGAAAUCAUAUAUGCAUUUGAAAGAGCAUCAAACUGUUUUAUCGAUGAAUUGUAAAAAAGUAGAAAAAACUCAUAGUCACGAAUCUUUUAAUGAAGAACUUUUAAAUUUAGAUAUUGAGUUUUAUGAAGCUCAUAUCAUUGAGUUUAAGACUGAGGUAGCAAAAAUACAUACUCUAGAAAAUAAUAAAUUAAAACAAGUUAGACUACAAUUUUUGUAUAAAGAAAAAUGUUUGCAAACAUUGGAUAAACUUAUAGUUUUAGUGCAUCAAGAAUAUAUUCAAAUAUACACAAUUUUAUAUAAUGCAAAUUUAGAAAGUCAUAUGAUUAUAGAAUUAAAACAUGAAACUUUAGUUAAAGCUUUUAUAUGGGCUCAAUGGGAUGCAACAAAUCAAGUACUAUAUCAUAUACAUCAUCGAAAGACAUCAACUAGUUUAUUCACUGAUGAUAGUACUGAAAAUUCUCAUAAAUCAACUUCUGUUUCUCCAACACUUAGUGGUUUACAAUUUCAUGAUGAUCUUCCUCAUGAAACUGUGUUAAAUAUUCCUUUAAAUUUACCUCAAUCAUCAAAUUCUGAAAAUUGCGGUACUUAUGAGGAUGACGUGAUACCAUUAAGAAUUCAUGAUUGUUCAUUAGAUCUUAUUGUUAUCUCGGAUUAUAAAGGUAUCAUUUGUAUAUGUCAUUAUUAUCUAUAUAGACCAGUACAACCACCUCAACAAGUCUUAGAUUCAGUUAUUAGUAAUUUGAAUACAGUUCAUUUUGCUUACUCUAUAACACUGCUUCAUCAUAGUUGUGUAAUACACUGUGUUGUACCUGGAAUACCUUGGAUCCGAGCCAAACUCAUGAGACCAACUUUUACUUUAUACGAUGAUAAUCAUAUGAUUGUAUUUAUACAAGAUUUUUUUACGCAUAUAUUGGAUAUUGGACUUCAUCAUCAACCUUGCUGUCAUAUUUUGUGUGGUCCACUUACUAAUGUCCCAUCUCAAUCAUCUUAUCUUGUCCCUUUAUUUAAUCAGAAUAAUUUAUGUGAUUCUAAUAACAUGAAAACCAAAUACUCUUUUAAUGCGGAUACUAGUAUUAAUGGAAGCAGUAAUAACACUAGUCUUCUUACAAUAGACUUACCAACGCUGGACCUAGUUUAUUUAUCAAUUUCCACCAGUUUUUUAAUUAACGUUUUUAAGAAAAUAACUUCAACAGAAGUACGUUUGGGAAUCCUCCAUUAUUUUCUUUGUCAUAAGAAUGAUUUGGAGACAGUUGCUGAAUUAAUAUCUGCAAUUGCUGAAAAACCUCGUUUUUUAGAUAUUGUCAAAGUAAUGCAAGAAUUCUUAAUUAGUGGAACUCAUUCACUGGUACAAAAAAAUUUACCACCAGAUGCAUUAUCUUUGUUGCCAUUAGUACCAGUUACCAUGAUGGAAGAAUAUGCAGGCUUUGAGGCAAAAAUAAAUGAUUUAAAUGUGACGCUUAGUCAUGAAAAACUUUGGAAUACUUCGGUAAUGCUUUUGUCCCCACAGCAAAGACUUAUACCAUAUAGAAGUGAUUUAUGGACACGAUUAUGGGAUUUGCUUAUUAAGAAAAGUGAUGAAUUACCUCGAUUUAAGCCAAGUCACAUUGCUGAAAAGUUGUUAGUUUCAUUGGCUUGUUAUCAACCUGAAGCAUUAUCUCGAUGUACUACACCAAUGUCACCGAGUGGAGGUUUUGCUGUCACUACGGCCGCACUUGGAGAGUUGAUGGGGAGUUGGCUUAAGUAUGGUGACUAUAGACUUCCCUUCGUUGAGAUGGAAAGUUGUACAGCUUCAAAGCAAGAGCAUAUAGUCUCGGUCAAUUUGCGUGAGCUCUCCGUGCAUUUAUUGAAAUACGGAACACAAAAUAAUCUUGGUCGAUUUAAGGGUUCUUGCACGCCAUUGCAUGUUCAUUUAUUGUCUACAAGGCAUGUAGCCUCGCAGUUUGAGACUUCAAGACUCUUGUGUCAAAUGCUGUGUAAAGCGGCAAACAUUGAUUCUAGGCUCGAGCUCGAACGUGGUUUUUCUUUAGUAGACAAUUUAGAAGAUUCAAGACGCUGGUUAUUAUUUACAUUAUUAGAGAGGUAUCGAUAUGCAACGGAAAGUAUUGCAUUUCCUGUACCACAAGGAUUUAUGUCGUUCUUUACUUAUUUAGGAUACCGAACCUUACAUUAUUCUAAGUUUCUUCAAUAUGUACGACACUCCGUUUUUGAGCUGCAAGUUGACGUUGCUAAGAUUAUUAUGGCUGAACACGAGCGAAACGUCUACUUAAUCAGUGGUUUCAUCCGAUAAGCUUUAUGAUGAGAGCUAGAGAACAUGCGGCUAACAUUUUAUCUGGCGAACUUUGUCAAUCACGUAAUAAACUUUC